AUGUCAAUCCCUCGCGGACUAAGCUCCCAUACUGAUCAUAUGACGAUGGAAUUGAUGCACCACUUCUAUCAGAACGUUUCUGGGAAACUUGCUUGGGUAGACCUCCCAACAAAUCCAUGGAAACAGGUUAUCAUACCACUUGCUUGGGCGUCAAAAACAGUUCUACAUGCCGUCCUUGCCCUGUCAUCGGAAGAUAUGGCAUCAAAAUUCGAAAUAAGCCAUCCUCAUCGCCAAUAUUUACAACGCAUCUCUCGGAAUCUGCGGAACCAGGCUUUGGUCUUUUUGGCUGAGCAAAUCGGCGGUAUGAGAAAAGAGAGCUCUAAUUCAGAGCUUGAUUCCAUUCAAUCACAAUACGCUCUAGCUUCGACGUUGAUAUUGUACAAUGUGGAGUUGCUCGGAGCCGAGUCGCUGAAAUGGCGGAUGCAUCUUCAAGCGGCUAGGGUAAUUCUGCAAUGGAAAGAGCAGGCCUUUCCCCAUCUUUCUCUUUCGAAUGGAAAUGAAAUUGAUUCCUUCCUCCUUUACGAGCAGUACUAUGCGAGUGUCUUUGCGGGGCUUACGACUUUCGAAACGCCGAAUGACCCGGAAAAGGCCAUUCAAUAUGCCGAUAGUACUGCCAUCUUUGGCGAUUUUGUGAAUAUUAUCAAUCGAGUCACUCGGACCGAGCGCCUACAGUAUAGCAAUCAAAGCUAUGCACGGAAUCCAGCUUUACUCAAAACCAUGAUCAAAGAGCUCGAUGAGGCGAGGUAUCGGAUGUCGCAGUCUGGCCACAUACUCCCAUUUCAGACAGACGAUGCACGCGUCAGCUUCCAGCAUCUCGUCUGCAUCUUCCAUCACGCUAGUUUGAUAUAUAUCUACCAUGCUCUGGCGGAUGAUCCUUUGAUUAAGCCGAAGCUGCAAGAAUUGAGAGACUCAAUCCUAGAUCACUUGUCAGCUCUCCCUGAUAAACGCGCCUUUGCUUGCGAUUUGGUGUGGCCUUUGUUUAUUGCGGGAACGGAAUGUCGGGGGUCCUGGGAGAAACAGCAAAUUGUGGCUCAUGAGAUUGAAGUCGUUAUGGCAAUUAGUGGUACUUUGGAUCGACGAAAGGUCUUGUCGUUCUUGCGGCGGUUUUGGUCUUUGGGGCAGAAUAGAAGCAUUACGUGGAUUCAACUCAUGAGGGAGCAGGGUCCAGGCUAUCAAAUGCUCAUUCUAUGA